CAACAGCAGAAAAUAGAAGCAGACUGGACGGCCAGGGAGCUGAGCAGAAACUCUGAUUCAGCUGGACACAGCCUCGAGGACUGGGUAUGACCGGAGCAAUCUCCAAUGUGACAUCGACAGCAUCGUGUGAGCAGCAAGAUUGUCGGAAGUCUGAAUCAUGUCAAAUGUUAUUGUGACCUCCAAAGCUGAGGGAGCUGCCUGGGAACUAUGGCAGGCAUUGUUGCUCGGGGAUGAGGAGACACUUGUCCUUCUGAUCACUGACCCUGAGCAAGGUCACCUCCACCCCAAUGUUGUCUUUGACACCAGCGAUAUAGAACAGUGGAAGAAUUACAGAUACAACCUCCGAGCGCUGAGAAUCUGGUCCCUCUGUUAUAAACAGGAGUUCACGACUCCAUUGCAAAUCACAUCCAGCCGUGGAUAUGACAAGUGCCUCAGGCACCUACUGACCUGUGGAGCAGAGGUAGACUUCGCACCAGGAGGGAAGACUGCACUGCAUGAGGCAUGUGAAAACGCACAGGCAGAGUGUGUGCGGCUGCUCCUGACAUACGGAGCCAACCCCAACGCCUUCUCAGAGGAUGGUUACACCCCACUCCAUCUCUGCUCCUCUCCAGAAUCCAUUCAAUGUGCCAUAUAUUUAUUGGAGUUUGGCGGCAAUGUUAACAGUCGGACAGAGGACAAAGAUGACACAGCCCUUCACAUUGCAGCCAGGUUCGGUUUGGAGGAGCACGUGAACUUGUACCUUAGACGUGGAGCUUCCAUCAAUAGGAUGAAUGACAGUGGACAGACGCCACUGCACUCUGUGUGUGCCCAGUCCCACGGCAGGGAGGAUGCAGAGAGAUAUUAUCGGGUGUGUAAGCAGUUGAUUGAGCACGGAGCCAGCGUCGCUGCCCUGGAUGAGGAGAAGCAGUCUGCACUGCACCUAGCCUGUCGCACAGCCAACCACAGGAUGGUGGAUCUCCUUCUCCACAAGGGAACCGAUGUCAACCGCAUGGACUAUGGCGGGAAUUCCCCCAUGCAUAAAGCAUUACAGGCUGUAUCUUACAAGUUAGAGCAUGAACCUGAGCACACUGUCCGAUCCCUCUUAAACUAUGGAUCAAUCCGCAUCUGGCCAGGUGCUAUUCCUAAGUUAACCACAGAAGGUGGACCCUCCCCAUGGAAUGUUUUGAAGUUCUGCUCAAAGUCUCCACGGACGAUCGAGGUUCUCAUCAAUGUUUACGAUCGGCUGAAAGUGACGGACGACUGGGUGGAAUCCGUGCCCCUGGAGGUGCUCCAGGACCACCGGGAAUUCUAUGAGUCUCUGUUCGCACUCUCCCAAACACCACGUUCUCUGCAGCACUUGGCACGAUGUGCAAUACGUAACCAGUUCCAGGGACAGCUCCAGGACCUGAUCCCUGAACUCCCACUGCCGACUUUCCUUCAAGACUACCUGUUGCUGCAGUUCCAGGAUUAUGUCAGUUAGGGAGCGGAACAAGCAGUUCACCAUCAACAGAGGGGAGCCAGAGCAGAGCAGAGCACCCUGGAACUGGGGCAGUUCCCACCCAAUCCCAACUCCAUUCCACCAUCCCUCCCCCACCCCUACUGCACCCCGCUUUGGGCUUUCACAUAGAAUGGUAAAUGUGGUAACAAAGGAAUAGAAAGAGGAUGGAGAGAGAGAGAGAGAGUAAGAAGCAGAAAGAAAAAAUGUAAUCAGAGGGAGAAAGGUGUCCUGGGAGUGAGAGAGCAAACAAAGCUGGUAAAGUUAACUAUUCAAUUGUCACCUUUUCUUCUAACUUGUUGUCCAGGCUGACUCCCCACAGUAUUAGGUCAACAUACAGAAUGCAGCAAGUCGGAUUUCAGCCUCCUCUGUCUAAUGCUGCUAUAAUGAGCCCGGGAUAUGUGGGAGUUAAUGGGCAUAAGGGUUUGAGUUGAAAUCAGGCCUGGGAUCCACUAUAUGCAAUGGUUGACUGGGAUGUUUCUGCAGAUGGUCAGACUCUGGGAUCCAAGUAAAUUCAUGACCGCAGUUUGUGGCCUGGGUGUUAAUAUGAAGGAGUCAGUGUGUAACUCACUGAGCCUACAGCACAGAAACAGGCCAUUCAUCCCAGCUAGCCCAAACUCACAUUUAUGAUCCACACGAGCCUCCUCCAACGUUCACCUCACCCUCUCGAUAGAUCUAGCUCUCCUCUCCCCUCUGUUUAUCCAGAUUCACCUUAACUGAAUCUAUAUUAUUUAUCUCAACAAGUUCCACAUUCUCACCAUUCUCUGGGUGAUGAAAUUUCUCCUGAAUUCCCCAUUGGAUUUAUUAGUGAUGCUACGAUCCCCAUAGAGACUGAUAACUUUUAAAAAUAUAUUUGAACUCCCAGUGACUGACUUAAAGGAUCACAUUUGUUAUCUUUUACUGUAACAAACUAACUAAAAUCACCCAGAACUAAACAUUAUUUACCAGGCAAAUAAUACACUCAACUACAUAAAAGACACCUCUUAUCAGCUUUUUAACACACUCAAAAACCCCACGCAGCAUUUAUAUAUUACAGCACAAUCUCCACAGAAUUGCGGUCUUUACAGGACACAAGAACAUAAGAAAUUGGAGCAGGAGGAGACCACACGGUGCAUCGAUCCUGCUCCACCAUUCAAUACGAUCAUGGCUGAUCUUAGACUUCAACUCCAUGUUCCUGCCCACUUCCCAUAUUCUUUAACUCACUGCGAGACCAAAAAUCUGGCUCUCCCAACUUUAACUAUGGAACAUCUACAAUUCUCUAGGGUAAAGAAUUUCAAAACUCCACAAUCCUUUGAGUGAAGAAAAUUCUCCUCAUCUCAGCCCACUAUUCUGAGGCUGUGCCCCAUAUUCUAGAUCCCCCAGCCAGCAGGAAUAACCUCUCCAGUCUUCCCUGUCAAACCUGUUCAGAACCUUUGCUGUGCCACUUCCAAUGCAGAUAUAUCCUUCUAAAAUGUAGAGAAUGUGGAAACCCAAACUGCACACAGUAUUCCAGAUGUGGUCUCACCAAAACCCUGUGCAGCUGCAGCAAAACUUCUGUAU